AUGGACACUGAUUCCGGCAGCAGCCAAGAUACCGAUAGCUCUAGCGAAGCUUCCGGCGCAGAUUCCUCCGGUAUCACACGCGGGGCCUGGAUGGGCUCCAACAACAACGGCGCCGCGGACCUCAUCGACCUGCCGCCUUUUAAUCCGGCGCCGCCCACGAGGGCCAACUGGAGCUACAAUCCGAAGGAGUCUCACAUAGAGACCAACCGGAUUAUACGCUUCAUGAAACAACUGAUGAAGGACACCAACAUCUGCUCUGACGAUAUUAUCCGCGCUUUUAUCUCGCGCCGGGCCAAGGACCGCUUCCCCGGGAUUGAAUCUGACCGGCGAGGCCCUUGCCGGAAGCAUGGUCUAGACAAAUUCGACCCGGACCCCGUCAUCCAUUGGCAGGACCUGAAGAUGGGCCGGACUCCAGCCUCGCGCCUCGGCAAAUCCCCGCCGGAACCAUCCGGUUCGUCCGACGACCUGACCUUGCUUGAGAAGAAGAAGAAGAAGAAGCAGCCAAGCUCUUCCCCCAGCAAGACCGCGCCGGACGCUCCAGCGCCGGCCUCUUCUACACCGCACCCGGAAGCUCUUAUCCUUGAGCCUACGGGGACUACUCCAACACCGCCGCCAAGCCAAGGACCUCCCGCGGCUACGCCCAAGCCGCCGCCGGCGGCCCCCAAAAUCACCCAGUUCCUCAAGCCGGGGGCGUCCCGCGGAAAGGCCGUGGACGGCAGCGCAUCAAGCAGCUCGCAGUCUCUAGUGCUGCAUGUCGGGCCUGCCGCUGCUGCGGUCCCAGAAAAACCUUCCGGCCUCCUGGGCCGGAUUAUUGAGCUAAGGCGCGAGGGCAAGGACCUGGGGCAUCUUCUUCCCUAUGCCCAAAAAUGGAACGAUGCGGACAUCUCUGCAUCCACCCGCGGCUUGGGGAAGGACCGCCUUCCAGCGCCAGAUCCUGCUGGGCCCCGGUCCACUGAAGAACACUUCAUGCGGCUUAAGCGUGCCGUGAAGGAGUUUGACAGUGCGUGGUACGACACCACCAGCAAUGUGGUGGCGCUGAAGGCUGCUGAAUCUGCUGCGGAGGCCAGGCUGAAUGAGGCACUGGAGGAUGCCGGCAAUGCCAAUGUGGUGUUGCAGGCUGAGCUAGAAGAGGCCGCCAAAGCGCAGAAAGCAGCCGAGGGCAAGGCCACCAAGGCGCAGAAAGCAGCCGAGGACAAGGCCGCCAUAGCCUUUGGAGAUUCGCAAGACUCGCCGAACGACAUUUCUGAGGGGAGAGGCUCCUCAGUACCCAUUGAUUUUCAAACUGUCGAGCAUACAAGCCCAGAAAGCGAUUAUGAUGAUCCGAUAGAUUCAGAAACUGUUCACACUAAUCCUGUGGAGGAGACCAGGGCUUCGCAUGUGAAGAGAUCAAUCGGCGGCUUCGCUGACGAAGACGAUCUUCUCGAUAUUGAUGAAGGUUUCAUCGAGCCUCCAUCUAAGAAAGCCAGGUCUGAUGUUGUUCCGCCGGCCGUCGCAGCUUCCGAAGCUUCAGCUCCUAAGGCAACUCCCACGGCCCAGGCAUCGACCGCUUCUUCCCUUUCCAAGGGGAAAGACAUUCCUGUCGCCACCACGAUUCCUCCUUCAGACCUGCGAGGUGUGAUAUCUUCUUUAGAGGCCUUCGCCUCUCAAUUUACCUCUCUGGAGGCGGACAACGUUCGACUGCAAGAGGAAGUUAAGUCUUCCUCUUCAAAGUUGGGCGGCGCUAUUAAAAAGGCUGCCACAGCUCGCCAGGAGGUCGACUCCCAGAAAGAGGAGCUGAGCAAACUGAAGGAGAGGCUGAAGGAGGAGGCAGCUCGGGCAGCUGAAAAGGACGAGCUCCUUCGUCAAUCUGCUUUGGCUCUACUUGAUUCAUUUCUUUAUCAAUGA